UCGGCUUACAAACGUAUUCGGGAUCAGUUCUAUCUGGAAAUAGGGUCUCCGAGUUUUGACGUAUUUGGUAGACAAUAAGAAAUUGGACAAAUAGCCAACUUUCUUGUUUGCACAAGUGAACUUCUGGCUGUUUGAGCCAUUUGGUUCCCAGUUGAAAGGGAAAUUUGAAAGUGACCCAAAAUAUUUAGUGUAGACAAGUGCAAAAAUGACAAGUGCAAGUCUUCUAUCACGCUCCCUGCUAACAGAAGCUCCUCGCUCUAAGAAUCGAUCGGUGUUUACCCUGAUUGUGGGCUUAGUGGUUGGCUACUGCCUGGCCCAACUCUUCUCGAGCCUUGUGCCACACGAGAGUCUAUACCCCUAUCUCAGCAGACGCCUGCUUCUGCCUAGUGAUCCGAAAGCGCCCAUCCAAGGACAGUCAGCUCCAGACCACAGUCCCUUCCAGCACGAGCAUCCCGAUGACAACACCACAGUGGCCGAGCAGUUAAAGAAAGAGGUUCGCAUCCUUUGCUGGGUGAUGACCAAUCCCACCAACCACAAGAAGAAGGCUCGCCACGUAAAGCGUACGUGGGCCAAGCGCUGCAAUAUUCUGCUCUUCAUGAGUUCCGGAGAGGAUGAAGAGCUGCCCACGGUGAAGUUGAAUGUGGGCGAGGGCCGCGAGAACCUGUGGGCCAAGGUCAAGGAGGCGUUUAAGUACGUCUAUAAGCACCAUUAUAACGACGCCGACUUCUUUUACAAGGCGGAUGACGACACCUAUGCGGUAAUUGAGAAUAUGAGGUAUAUGCUUUAUCCCUACAGUCCCGAAACACCAGUACACUUUGGCUUCAAGUUCAAGCCGUUUGUAAAACAAGGGUAUAUGUCCGGCGGAGCAGGCUACGUACUUAGUCGGGAGGCACUGCGUCGAUUUGUGGUUGAGGGCAUUCCCAAUCCCAAGAUGUGUCUGCCAGGCACGGUGGUCAACGAGGACAUCGAGAUAGGGCGUUGCAUGGAGAACUUGAAUGUUACAGCCGGCGAUUCCAGGGACGAAAUUGGACGCGGUCGGAUGUUUCCAUUUAUCCCAGAACAUCAUUUAAUCCCGGCCAAAUGGGAUAAGAACUACUGGUACUGGAACUACCUUUUCUACAAAACGGAUGAUGGCCUUGAUUGCUGCUCGGACUUGGCCAUCUCCUUUCAUUAUGUUCCACCAAAUAUGAUGUACGUGCUGGACUAUCUCAUCUACCACUUGAAGCCGUACGGUCUGAUGCGAUCUCUAGAGGCUCUACCUGCUAAACUUAAAGUGGGCCAGUUGCUUCCCCCUCCCGUUGAGCGUCCAUUGGCCAGUAAUGAAGAUUCGGUAGAUGACUUUGAUAGGAUUUAUACGACCACAACUGCAAAGCCAAAGGAACCCGAUGCUCGGGAAAUGGAUUCCAAGGAGUUGGAAAAAGAGGAGGCUAAGUACAGGGAAAAAACGUCAAAAGAGGCUGAGGAGGACGAAGAUUCGAAAAGAACUGAAGAUGAUUCGGAGACUGAAGAGGAAUCGGAAAGGCGUUCCAAGUCCAAGGAAACUUCAGAGGAGAAUUAGAGCAAUAGGAAGUUAAGCUAUAUAUUUGACUUGUAAAAAAAUUGUUAGCUGUACUGAAUAGGUUUCCAAAAGUGUAUAAAAAUGGUAAGAUUUUGUUUCUUUUUUAUUUAAUGCAGCAAUAAUUUUCUAAACGUAACCAAAGUUUUGAAUUCACAAUAAUGUAAUAAAGUAAAUGAGAUUUUAAGAAGGGCAAAUGGUCUUAAGAAAUAAAUUCCACAGAAUUUUUGAUAAUA